AUGCAGGAGACCCGACUGUGUUUUGAGAACUGCAAACGUGUCUGCAGCCUACCGGACUGCUCCGACAGCCCAGAACUCUUCAGCGUGGACUGCGUCGAGGAUGUCUUUGUCCGCGACAUGUACAAUAUUUGGAAAUUUAGGUACAUCAUCAAUCGGUAUAAUGCCGCAAUUGACGGCGCAUGGAGUUGCUUCCACGCCGGCAAGGAGACGCACACAGUCAAUGUUACCUCAGUGAAGGCAACCAGCCCGCCCCCAUCCAGUGCCCUCUCACCCCUUAAUCUACCCCAUGUUUGGCCAUUCACACAGUCUUCCGACGGCCAGUUAGGAAAGGAUGGUGAAACUGAAGGCCACGAGACCAAGGACCUGACUGGUCACCUGAAAGCUGAAGAAGACUCUGCAAACAACUCAUCAUCGUCUUUGAUGUCCCGGGAAUACGUUCAUGACAUUGCUUGUGUUCGAAGUUCUAUUGCUGCUCACGAGAUAAUUAAAGAGUAA